GCGGUGUUUCUAAGGGCGGUGGGACGGAUGGGUUGUCGACGGGAGGGGAUCAGUCGGCAAAUUAAGCGCUGUCAGUGAAACGGGAAGUGUUGACAGAGAGACCUCGGGAGGAAGGGAAAAAGAGGUCGGGUGGAGACGUUGAAGUUGGAGACUCACGUCAGACAAGGGAAGUGCUAUCUAAGAGUGUACAGCAGACAUCCGACGAUGCACAACGGACAGAGGCUGAGGUCUCUGGGGGAAAGGGUGGAAGGCCUGGGGGCAACUGGGGUUAUGAGGGUAUUGCGCACGCUGGGGGGGGGAAGGGUGUCGCAAAAGGGUGGAACGGCGGUGGGUGACUUGGAAAGAGGUAAUGAGGGAGACCAAGGGCCCGUGAAGGAUGGAGACAAUCACAAAAGAGGGGGGCUGGUGCCCAGGUGGAAGAGGAUGGUGAAGGGGGCAGUGCCUCGGACGAAGGUGGUGGAGGGGAUGGAGAGUCCCUUGGUGGGCAGCCAUCGGAUGGGGGGAAGGGUGAAGGAGGUCCCGGAUAUUGGGAUGACAAAAAGAAAUAUCGCGGGCAGAAGGGAAGAAAGCAAGGCCAAGGACCGGGAUCAAAACAGACUCGGGGGGGGCUGGGGGAUUUUCCAGAAGUAGGGGUGCCGAACACGCCCCCUUCGUCAGAUCAAACGAAUUUUAGCAUUGACACAAUGGGAAUGUUAAUGAAAAUGCAAAACAAGCGAGGAAUGCGUUAAACACUCAAAGGGAGGAAAUACGCAAGGCAAAUUCUCCAAGAGCAGUGAGGUGUCCGCUGGAUCCUCAAGCGGAGCACACUGUUGGUCGAAAUGGUGCCAAAAAGGGGUCGAUUAAUGGGGACGCUAGAAGGGAAAAAUGCGUUACCGUUAAUCGUGCUGGGGGCAAGCAGAACCAUGAAACUGUUGCAUUACCAGUGAUAGGAGAAGAGGGCGUGAUACGGGAUGCACCCGCCUCUGAAAAUUCUCUCAAGCGUGAGGUUGAGGUGAAGCGGUGGACUACCUGUCACCAUUUACUCGGUCGGUCGGUGGGGAUUUGACGAUGGAUCGACAUCGGCAUACGACUAGAGUGCAAGUGUUCGCGGGGUCAAGAGCGACCAAGAUAAUGUCGUGGGAGGCUCUGUUGGAUACGGGAAGUCCGGCAUCGUUUGUACAAAAAAGGUGGCGUUCAGGCGGUUGUGGCAGAGGGUGCCUCCGCACAUUCGAGACGUCCACUUUGACUUCAAUGCGAAACUGUGGGAGCCGGAGGACAUUGACAAUCUAGGGACGGGGCAGAACACGUGCGCGACCUGGAGAGGUUUUUCGAGGGCAUGGUCAAGUUCAACCUGAAACUGGCACCCAAGAAGACGAACCUGGGGGUGAAGGUGGUGACGUUCUUGGGACAUCAAGUCAC